AUGAGCUCGAUGAGCUGGGUGCUGGCGGACAAUACCAAUGUCUCACUCGAAGAUGUCCGAAACAAGUACAGAAUCGAUGAAGCCGAUCAGACUAUAUUCUACAGCCGACCAACGCUGCGGAAAUCGCCUUGGCUUUAUCUGGUGCUUGCUAUCCAGCCACUCUUGAUAUUCAUCAUCCUGGGACUGAUCGUCAUGCUUCACUCAGAGCCCCUGAGCAGGGGGUUCGGCCUUGUCUCAAUCUUGUCGGGUAUUGACCGUCAGAGUCUCAACAACUUGGCGGGGGCAUCGCUUUCAGGAGAUCUGUCACGUAUCGUGCGGCGACAUCAUCGAAGGGGCAGAACCGUAAUGGGAAGUUGGAAAGGAACGUCGUGUAUCACUGAGACUCUUGAAUCUUGCGUAGGGCAUGUAGAGAAGGAAGAGAUCGCAUCACUUAAAUUGGAAGUUGCCGUCACCAAAGCAUAA